ACCGUACCGUAUGCGAUUUUAAUUUCUAUUUUCUUCGUCUUUUAUUCUUUAAACUUUUUCUUUUUUAAGAAAAACAUACUACUUUUCUCCACUUAUUUCCAUUGAAACUCUCUCUUUCUCUCAAAUCCUUGCAUCUCUUUGUUCGCGAUCAGUCCCGUUCUGUUUUGUUGAGUAUUUGUUAUAUAUUCGUCACGGAUGCUAAAACCUGGAGCUUUCACUAGCUGUUAAACAACUUCAUUAAGUGCGCAUGGAAUCACCUGUUGGUGGUUCAAGACACACAUCUGUCGUCGUUGUGACAUUGGAUUCUGGUGAAGUAUACAUUGUUGCGAGCUUGUCCUCCAGGACUGACACUCAGGUCAUAUAUAUUGAUCCAACAACAGGGGCACUUCGCUACAGUGGGAAACUUGGAUACGACGUCUUCAAAUCUGAAGAUGAAGCUUUAGAUUAUAUUACAAAUGGAUCUCGGUGGCUAUGUAGGAGUACAACUUAUGCAAGGGCAAUUUUAGGUUAUGCUGCCCUAGGAAGCUUUGGAUUGCUUCUUGUAGCUACGAAGUUAACGGCCAGCAUUCCGAAUUUGCCUGGCGGAGGUUGUGUCUAUACAGUGACGGAGAGCCAAUGGAUUAAGAUAUCACUUCAAAAUCCUGAGCAGCAAGGUAAAGGAGAAGUAAAGAAUAUUCAAGAGUUAACUGAGCUUGAUAUUGAUGGGAAGCACUAUUUCUGUGAGACUAGAGAUAUAACUCGAGCUUUUCCGAGCCCCAGCCCCUUAGAAAAGCCUGAUGAUGAAUUUGUCUGGAAUGGAUGGUUUUCUGCAUCUUUCAGAAACAUUGGGCUUCCACUACAUUGUGUCACUCUUCUGCAGGGCUUUGCAGAAUCUAGAAGUUUUGGAAGCUUGGGUCAGUUAGAAGGGAUUGUUGCUCUUACAGCUCGUCGUAGUAGGCUGCAUCCUGGCACCCGAUACUUGGCUAGGGGGUUAAAUUCAUGUUUUAGCACAGGAAAUGAAGUGGAGUGUGAGCAACUUGUAUGGGUGCCUAAAAGGACUGGUCAAAGUGUUCCUUUCAACACUUACAUCUGGCGAAGGGGGACUAUUCCAAUCUGGUGGGGUGCAGAACUAAAGAUUACUGCAGCAGAAGCAGAAAUUUAUGUUUCAGAUAGGGAUCCUUAUAAAGGAAGCUCACAAUACUAUCAGAGGUUGAGUAGACGAUAUGAUGCUCGAAGUUUUGAUGCAACUUUUGGAGGAAGUCAGAAGAAAAAAGCCUUUGUUCCCAUUGUAUGCAUCAAUCUGCUGAGGAAUGGAGAAGGAAAAUCAGAAUGUCUCCUAGUUCAGCAUUUUGAGGAAUCAUUGAACUACAUCAGAUCAACUGGAAAACUUCCUUAUACUCGAGUACAUUUAAUAAAUUAUGACUGGCAUGCUAGUGUGAAACUAAAAGGUGAACAGCAAACAAUUGAGGGAUUGUGGAAACUUCUCAAAGCACCUACUAUGGCUAUAGGCAUUUCUGAAGGGGACUAUUUACUUUCACGGCAACGACUUAAUGAUUGCAGAGGUGAAAUCAUCUACAAUGAUGAUUUUGCAGGUGCCUUCUGCUUAAGAUCACAUCAAAAUGGAGUUAUACGUUUUAACUGUGCAGAUUCUCUAGAUAGAACAAAUGCUGCUAGUUACUUUGGUGCUCUCCAAGUUUUUGUGGAGCAAUGCAGGAGAUUGGGCAUAUCACUGGAUAGUGAUUUGGGAUAUGGCUAUCAAUCAGUUGGUGACCAUGGUGGAUAUAGUGCUCCAUUGCCACCGGGCUGGGAGAAACGUUCUGAUGCUGUAACUGGGAAGACAUAUUAUAUUGAUCAUAACACCAGGACCACAACAUGGAAUCAUCCUUGCCCAGAUAAGCCUUGGAAGAGAUUUGAUAUGAUGUUUGAGGAGUUCAAGCAGUCAACAAUUUUAUCUCCUGUGUCUCAGUUAGCUGAUCUUUUUCUUCUUGCUGGAGAUAUCCACGCUACACUUUAUACUGGUUCUAAAGCUAUGCAUAGCCAAAUUCUUAGCAUAUUCAAUGAAGAAGCAGGAAAGUUUAAACAGUUUUCUGCUGCACAGAAUAUGAAAAUUACUUUACAAAGAAGAUAUAAAAAUGCAGUGGUGGAUAGCUCUCGUCAGAAGCAGUUGGAAAUGUUUCUUGGAAUGAGACUGUUCAGGCAUCUUCCAUCAAUUCCAGUUAAACCUCUGAAUGUACCUUCUCGACCAUCUGGUUUCUUUCUAAAGCCAGCUGCCAACAUAUUUCCUAGUGGAUCCAGUCUUCUGAGCUUUAAAAGAAAAGAUCUCAUAUGGGUUUGCCCACAAGCUGCUGAUGUGGUUGAACUUUUUAUCUAUCUUGGUGAGCCUUGUCAUGUAUGUCAGCUUCUUCUAACUGUAUCUCACGGGGCAGAUGAUUCAACUUUUCCGUCAACAGUUGAUGUGAGGACAGGACGCCACCUAGAUGGGCUUAAACUUGUUGUGGAGGGUGCUUCAAUACCUCAGUGUGUCAAUGGGACAAACCUUUUGAUACCAUUACCUGGACCAAUUAGUGCAGAAGAUAUGGCUAUCACUGGAGCUGGUGCACGUCUUCAUGCUCAAGAUACACCCAUCCUUCCACUAUUGUAUGAAUUCGAAGAAGUAGAGGGAGAAUUGGACUUCCUUACUCGUAUAGUGGCUAUUACAUUUUAUCCUGCUGUUUCUGGAAGAAGUCCUUUGACUCUUGGUGAGAUAGAAUUUCUUGGAGUUUCUCUUCCAUGGGGAGGCAUAUAUAAUAAUCAAGGUUCUGGUGCAAGAGUAGCAGAACUUGCCAAAAAAAUUCAGGAGGAGACUAAUCCAUUCUUGUCUAGCACCAACAAUAAUUCAUUAUCUGGCACUUGUUUAUCUGCUGAACCUGUGACAGCAUCAAUACAACAAAGUGCUUCUGCAGAUUGGCUUGAUCUUUUGACAGGAGGGGAUGCAUUCUCUGAGCCCAUCUCUCAUCCACUACAGCAAAAUAAUAUCCAAGAGGGAAGUGAUUUGCUUGAUUUCUUAGACAACGCUGUAGUUGAAUUUCAUGGUGCUGAAACUGAUAAGAAAUUCUCUUCAUCACAAGAUGCAAAGCCUACGGAUAGUGCGCAGCAGUAUAUAAAUUGUCUAAAGACCCUUGCAGGGCCAAAAAUGACACGAAAAUUAGACUUUAUGGAAGCUAUGAAACUUGAAAUUGAAAGGCUUCGUCUGAAUCUUGCUGCCGCGGAAAGGGAUAGAGCUUUGUUGUCCAUGGGGAUUGAUCCUGCUACAAUUAAUCCAAAUGCAUUAAUUGAUGAAUCAUACAUGGGAAGAUUGUGCAGGGUGGCAAACACCCUUGCUUUACUUGGACAAACUUCACUUGAGGACAAAAUAAAUGCUGCUAUUGGUCUUGGGACUAUAGAUGAUAAUGUGAUAAAUUUCUGGAAUGUUACUGCAAUUGGGGAUAGUUGUUCUGGUGGCAUGUGCGAGGUGCGUGCUGAAUCAAAGGCACCAGUACAUGCAUCCUCUCUGACAUCCUCUGCAGGAGCUUCGCAAUCUAUUUUGCUGUGUUCUGAAUGUGAAAGAAAGGUUUGUAAAGUUUGUUGUGCUGGGAAAGGAGCCUUGUUGCUUGUGAGUAGUAAUUUGAGGGAUGGUGCAAAUUAUAAUGGUCUAGCAAGUCAGGGUGGGUCAAGCCAUGGCACCCAAGUUGAUAUUUCCACUAGUCGUUCGGUAGCCCUGGAUAGUGUUAUUUGUAAAAGAUGCUGCCACGAUAUUAUCCUUGAUGCAUUGGUCUUGGACUAUUUGAGAGUCUUAAUUAGUCAGCGAAGAAUGGAUCGUGCAGAUAGCGCUGCAUGUAAAGCUUUCAAUCAUGUUAUAGGAUCUUCCUUGAAGGGCAGUGUUUAUGAUGAAGGUCAGUCAUCUGAUAGUCAACGAGCUGUUAAAGUGCAACAGUUACUUUCUGGGGAAGAGUCACUAGCGGAAUUUCCAUUGGCUAGCUUCUUAUACUCGGUUGAAACUGCAACAGAUUCAGCACCAUUCUUCUCAUUACUUGCUCCACUAGAUUCUGGGUCAUGGCAUUCGUAUUGGAAAGCUCCUCCAACUACCAAUUCUGUUGAAUUUGUCAUUGUUCUCAGUAGCCUCUCUGAUGUCAGUGGAGUUAUCAUGCUUGUUAGUCCAUGUGGUUAUUCUGCAGCUGAUGCUCCUACCGUCCAAAUCUGGGCAAGCAAUAAAAUACAGAAGGAAGAAAGGUCAUGCAUGGGAAAAUGGGAUGUUCAAUCCCUGACCCAAUCUUCCUCAGAAAUAUAUGGUCCUGAAAAGUUGGGUAGAGAUAAUAAAGUGCCUAGGCACAUAAAAUUUUCCUUUAAGAAUUCUGUUAGAUGUCGAAUCCUUUGGAUAACUUUACGUCUACAGCGACCUGGAUCAAGUUCUGUUAAUUUUGAGAAAGAUUUCAAUCUUUUAUCACUAGAUGAAAACCCUUUUGCACAAGUGAAUCGACGUGCCUCUUUUGGUGGAUCAAUUGAAAAUGAUCCUUGUCUUCAUGCUAGAAGGAUAUUAGUCGUUGGAAGUCCUGUCAGAAAAGAGAUGGGACUUGAAUCACAAGGCCCUGACCAGAUGAAAUUUAACAGCUGGCUGGAAAGGGCUCCACAGUUGAACAGAUUCAAGGUUCCAAUUGAGGCUGAGAGGCUAAUGGACAAUGAUCUUGUCUUGGAACAAUAUUUGCCUCCUGCUUCUCCUACGGUUGCCGGAUUUCGGCUUGAUGCUUUCACUGCAAUAAAACCUCGAGUUACUCAUUCUCCAUCUUCAGAUAUGGAUGCAUGGGAUGCGUCUAUAACAUUUUUGGAGGACAGACAUAUCUCUCCAGCUGUGUUAUAUAUACAAGUUUCUGCACUCCAGGAACCACACAACAUGGUAACUAUAGGUGAAUAUCGAUUGCCAGAGGCUAAGGGUGGAACUGUUAUGUACUUUGAUUUUCCCAGACAGUUGCAGACACGCAGAAUUUUGUUCAAGCUUCUUGGGGAUGUUAUGAUGUUUACAGAUGACCCAGCAGAACAGGAUGAUUCUGGUUUAAGAGCUUCACCUUUGGCUGCGGGGUUGUCUUUGUCAAAUAGGGUAAAGUUAUAUUACUAUGCUGAUCCUUAUGAACUUGGAAAAUGGGCUAGUCUUUCUGCAAUUUGAUUAUCAUUUAUGCACGAGAGAAGGGGUCGUCAAGCAUGAUUGCUUGUAGCAUGUCAUUUUAUAGUUUUCUAAAAUCAUUACUUUUUUCUUUUUUCUUUCUGUGUUGUUGUAUAUUAGGUACACGAAAUUAGUGUGAAAUUUAUUGAUGUAAUAAUGUCAGUGGUGUUGGGGAAUCACCAUAACAUCUCUUCCAUCCAAGAGAAAUUUUGUAUAAGUACAUAAAUUCUUUGCUUUGAAUUCAUCAUAGUAUUUGAUUAGAAGAAUCAUCGUCAUGGCAAUGCCCAUUGGCCCUUGUUGUCCA